CCCCUCCUAAGAAAUUUAUGCGUUACAAACAAGUUAGCGAAUUGUUUCAAAACUUUAAAAAUAUUUUUCCACUGAAGGACAUCGGAUCUAAACAUUUAUUUAUAGAAAGUCUACAAACUUGAAAAAUGUAUUUCGGCAGCAAAUUCCAACUAAUAAUUUUUUUGGGAGGGUUUUACCUCGUGGGGCAAAUCUAUUGCCAGGAUCCAGCAAUUACGGCGUUGAACGCGAGAGUUACAGAAGUUAAUAACACUGCAAUUGCCAACAAGAACGCCAUAACCGGACUCACAACUCGCCUCACGAACCUGGAAACUCGACAAACUACCGACUACAACUUUUUAAAUGGACGAAUUACCACGAUAAAUACGAAUUUGACAUCCGUAUACAAAACAUUGAAGGAUCACACGGCCGACAUUUCGGUCCUGGCGUCAAGUUUGGAUGCCGCAAAUGCGAAUAUAGCCGCGGCAAAUGACCAAAUUUCAAAAUUACAGGCGGCAAAUCAAGUCUGGAUCAGUAAUUGGCGCGUGGUUAACAAAACUUUUGCCGAGUUGAGGAAAAAAUUGAAAUUUACGGUGGCUCGUGGAGCCAUUCGGGUUGUGCAGGUCGGAUAAGCAGGUUUUUUUCUGUGUAAUUUGGUAAUCAUAAUUAAAUAGCGUACAUAAACCGCUUUUCGAAAAUAAAUAUGCAAUAAAGAAAUUAGUUUUAAGAUGAGAAAGUCUUCAAAAUUGGUUAAUUUUAGGCGUAAAUUUUCUGAAA